AUGGAGUACUACGAUAUCCGCGUCGAGGACUAUCUAGACGACAAGCUGCAGUCUACAACGGACUUUGAGCACCUAGACACGUUGCUAAGUAGCGUCGAGCACCAGCGCAGCCAGCUGCAAUCCCAGCUCGACGAUGCCACGCGCGAGCUCGAUGAGGCGCGGAGGUCCGCCGAAGGCCACAAUGCCUCCCUCCUGGCCCAGAUCGACGAGUUUCAGACGCUCCAGAAAAGCAUCGACGUCCGCCUGCAAAUCAUCGCCGAGUCCGAUGCGCCCGACGAAGCCAUCCGCCGCCUCGAGCCCCCCAUGAAGCAGCUCCACAAGGUCGACCUCGCCUACCGCUACCUGCUGUUGUUGCAAGACGUCGAGGGUCUGCGCCAGGCUGCCCGCUCCUAUCUGCCACAGGAUCCAAAGGCCGCGCUGGAGCCCUACACAAAGUUGAAGCAGCUGUCCCUGCGGCUGAAGGAGCUUCAACAGCAGGCGGACGGCGCUGCGGUACACCUUGUCGCGCACGUCGAAUCGGUGGCAGAGAGGCUGUGGGAUGAGAUGAAAAAGACCAUGUGGGACGAGCUAGAGGCGGUACUGGCGAAGCGCGGGUGGCCAAGCGUCGACCCGGGCUCCGAGGCGGACGAGGAGUGGCUCCAGUGCUUUGAGAAGCUCCUCGACUUGCAAGCGCCGGAGGUCUUGUACUCGCCCAGCCUCGUCAGUCUUCUUCCCAUGGAUGUCAUGGCGCAAAUAUUUGUCAAGGAAUUCCGCUUCCACUUUAUGGGCGACAAGCCAACGAGCAGUCCGCAGGCCAUUGGCGCAUACUGUUUCCCCUGGUUUCUGAGUCUGAUCGAGAAGUGGGAGUCCUUCUUGAGGGACAACUUUGGACCGAUCCUCGCGUCCAGGUUCGGCGAUACUGCCGUCUCUGACAAGAUGGUGUAUAUGGACCCUAUUUGUGCGUUCAUGACGUCGAUGCUACCCGUCGUGAGGGAGAAGAUCGCUGCCACAAUUACGGAGACAACCGGGGACACGGUCUUCCUUAGCAGCUUACUGGCCCAACUAAUGACGUUUGACGAAAGGCUAAGAUCCGGAUUCGCCUAUGAUGGGGGCAAUGCCGAAGAAGGCUGGGAUGGUCUGACAUCGGAAGUCCUCAGUAAGCACUUCCGAAUGUGGUUGGAGGCAGAAAAGAAGUUUGCUCUGGAGCGGUACCAGGCCAUCAUGGCGGCGCCAGACGCAAGACACAUCGACUACGAGUUUGCCGCAUCGGGAAAGACCAAGCCCACGUUUGCUGCGGUCCGAGUCGUAGACCUGCUACGGUCCGUCACGACGCAGUAUGCACGGGUGAGGCGAUUCUCGCAUAAGCUCCGCUUCCUCAUAGACAUCCAGCUUAACAUACUGGAUGAAUACCACGAUUAUCUUAGGGGAACGCUAGAGGCGUAUCUGAGUAUUACCUCGACUGUUGGCAGAGCCUUCGGUGUGACAAAAGAGCAGCUGGCUGCUUUGGAAGGCACCGGGGCGCUUGAAACGCUCUGCAAGGUAUAUGGGAGCGCCGAUCAUAUUGUCAACACUCUGAAAGAUUGGAGCAACGAAGAGUUCUUCGUCGCGCUGUGGGAGCAGCUCCAAGCAAGAGCCAAGAUCACCGAGGAUCAAAGCAAUCUUGUCGGCGGCAUGAGUUACGAGCACGUUAGGGACAGAACUUCGUCAACUGUCGGUACCGCUGACGACAGUGGCGUCCUCUUCGAUGAGACCAUUGCCGCGUACGGCCAGAGGCGGAAGCGGGCCGAAGAGUUUCUGUCGGAGGCACUCAUCGAGUCCCAGCGGAAGACUUUCAAGGCAUAUCUCCACCGACCACAGUGGAGCACCAUUGCCGAUGAUACUGCCCCAGGCGAUCUAGCCGUGACUGCUGAGUUGGAUGAGCCGCUGAGGAUUCUGAAACGAGAUCUGGACUUCCUCUUUCGCGUUCUCGGAACAGCCGUCUUCCGCCGCGUCUGGCGUGAGGCACUAGAAAAGCUGAACAAUACGCUGUGGAGCGACGUGUUGAUGGGCCAGAAGUUCACUGCGUCCGGGGCAGCCCAGUUCAUGCGCGACGUGCAAGCGAUCUCGGUGCUCGUCGAGCGCUUCAUCCCCGACGGUUCCAGCUCGCUCGGCAGCCUCAGCGAUGCCCUCCGGCUACUGAACUUGCCCACGGAGGCUCCGGAGGGCGCCAUGUCUCUCAAGCGGGCCACAGACAUGGUAUUCACCGACAACAACGAGGCGAAGAAGGUUCUGGAUGAACUGGAAAUCGACUCGUUGACGCCUGCUAAUGCGAGGCACAUCCUGCAACGCAGGGUGGAAAACGCCGAAUGA